ACAAGGAAAAAGAGAGGACGAACAACGCUAAUCAUAGUUUCUCUGGCAGGCUUGUUGUUUGCGGCUUAUUAAGAUUUCUAAUAAAGCUGUUGUUAUUAUUACUUCACGUAGAUUUUUUCCAAAAGCACCAUUUUUUUAUUUCGAAAUUUUUAAUUAAAAAUAAAGCUUUUGUUUACCAGAGAGAGAGAGAGAGUGUGUUUGUAAGUGGUCUGAUUGUAGAAAAGACGACGAGAACGCCGGAGAAUAAGGAUUUUGAUUUUGAAAGUGUGUUAUUUGGUUAAUGGGUUUUAAGCAGGUUUCAUCAAUGAGGGAUUGAUUAAAGGAUUUGAGUUGAGCUGUCUCUGUGAGGAUUAAUGGUGGGGAUUUUGUGGGUUUAGGGUUUCUCGGAGGUGAUGUUGGAUCUGAAGUGAAAUUUAGCAUUGUUCUUGGAAAUGGAGACGACUUUUGUGGCGUUUAUCUUAGUUUCACUGAUCUUACUACCGAAUCAUUCACUGUGGCUUACCUCUGCUAAUUUGGAAGGUGACGCGUUACAUACUUUGAGGGUCACUCUAGUUGAUCCUAACAAUGUCUUGCAGAGCUGGGAUCCUACGCUUGUGAAUCCUUGCACAUGGUUCCACGUCACUUGCAAUAACGAGAACAGCGUCAUAAGAGUCGAUUUGGGGAAUGCAGAGUUGUCUGGCCAUUUAGUUCCAGAGCUUGGUGUUCUCAAGAAUUUGCAGUAUUUGGAGCUUUACAGUAACAACAUAACUGGCCCGAUUCCUAGUAAUCUCGGAAAUCUGACAAACUUGGUGAGCUUGGAUCUUUACUUAAACCGCUUCACCGGUCCCAUCCCAGAAUCAUUGGGAAAACUAUCAAAGCUGAGAUUUCUCCGGCUUAACAACAACAGUCUCACUGGGUCAAUUCCCAUGUCACUAACUAAUGUCACUACCCUUCAAGUGUUAGAUCUAUCAAAUAACCAACUCUCUGGUUCGGUUCCUGACAAUGGCUCCUUCUCACUCUUUACACCCAUUAGUUUUGCUAAUAACUUAGACCUCUGUGGACCUGUUACAAGUCACCCGUGUCCUGGAUCUCCCCCGUUUUCUCCUCCGCCACCUUUUAUUCCACCACCACCAGUUUCCACCCCAAGUGGGUAUGGUUUAACUGGAGCAAUAGCUGGUGGAGUUGCCGCAGGAGCUGCUCUGCUGUUUGCUGCUCCUGCAAUAGCCUUUGCUUGGUGGCGUCGAAGAAAGCCACAAGAUAUUUUCUUCGAUGUGCCUGCCGAAGAGGAUCCAGAGGUUCAUCUGGGACAGCUCAAGAGGUUUUCUUUGCGGGAGCUACAAGUGGCGAGCGAUGGGUUUAGUAACAAGAACAUUUUGGGCAGAGGCGGGUUCGGGAAAGUCUACAAGGGACGUUUAGCAGACGGAACUCUAGUUGCUGUCAAGAGACUGAAGGAAGAGCGAACUCCAGGCGGAGAGCUCCAGUUUCAGACAGAAGUGGAGAUGAUAAGUAUGGCCGUUCAUCGAAACCUCUUGAGAUUACGAGGUUUCUGUAUGACACCGACCGAGAGAUUGCUCGUGUAUCCUUACAUGGCCAAUGGAAGCGUCGCCUCAUGUCUCAGAGAGAGACCACCAUCACAGCCUCCGCUCGAUUGGCCAACGCGGAAGAGAAUCGCGUUAGGCUCAGCUCGCGGUUUGUCCUACUUACACGAUCACUGCGACCCAAAGAUCAUUCACCGUGACGUAAAAGCAGCAAACAUUCUACUAGACGAGGAAUUCGAAGCGGUUGUUGGUGAUUUCGGGCUAGCCAAGCUAAUGGACUACAAAGACACUCACGUGACAACAGCCGUUCGUGGCACCAUCGGUCACAUCGCUCCUGAAUAUCUCUCGACCGGAAAAUCCUCAGAGAAAACGGACGUUUUCGGUUACGGAAUCAUGCUUCUUGAACUCAUCACAGGACAAAGAGCUUUCGAUCUAGCUCGGUUAGCAAACGACGACGAUGUCAUGUUGCUUGACUGGGUGAAAGGGUUGUUGAAGGAGAAGAAGCUAGAGAUGUUGGUGGAUCCAGAUCUUCAGACGAACUAUGAGGAGAGAGAGUUGGAGCAGGUGAUUCAAGUGGCGUUGCUUUGCACGCAAGGAUCUCCAAUGGAACGACCAAAGAUGUCGGAGGUUGUACGGAUGCUCGAAGGAGAUGGGCUUGCGGAGAGAUGGGACGAAUGGCAGAAAGUUGAGAUUUUGAGGGAAGAGAUCGAUUUGAGUCCCAAUCUUAACUCUGAUUGGAUCGUUGAUUCUACUUACAAUUUGCACGCCGUCGAGUUAUCUGGUCCCAGGUGAAAUGUAAUCUAUAUUCAAACAAAAUUAUAAUUCUUUUUUACUUAUAAGGUUAGGUAGUUUUUUGUACCAGUAACUUCUCGUUUUUUUUUCUCUUGAAAUGAAACUAACAUUCAAAGAUAUGUGAUUUUGUGUAAGUUGUUUGUGCUACCGAUCGAUCAAAAAUAAUUAUAAUCUCUUAGAUUUUGUGUAAGGACUGUGUCUAAUGUAAAGAAGAACAAUGAAUGUAUUAGGAAAUUAAAAAAACUCA